UCACCAACGUCGAACAUUUUGAAAAAAUGCAACAACGUCAGCUUCAGCAUUCGGAGAACUAUAAAAAGACGCAACCUGUCCCUUGGUGUUUUUGCAACCUCACAGCGUCCGUGGCAUACACGGACAGAGGAUUAAUUUACGAAUGCCACUAUCGACACGUGAACCCGUGGCAGCAAGUCUUGAAACCACCAUUCGAGAAUGACGUUUCCAGUAGUCAGCAAGCAGAUAUCGGAAUAUGUGCGUUUCACGUCCACGCAAAACCAUGGUUCGAGAUAUUAUCGAAAGCUGAUCGCCCCAAUCAAAACAAAUCCCACCGAGAGCUAUCCAAAUGUCCCUAUUUCAAUUUGACCUUUUGCAUCUGGUUUAAUCUUAAUAAUACCUUCCCGAAGCGUUAUUUUUUUGCGCCCAAAUGUAACUGCGGAAAACCCGUGGUGUUGGAUACUUCUAAAGUUACGGGGAAAUUGAUUUUCCUAUGUAGGAAUUAUUAUGAUAAUUCUGCUUUGCCUCGAUGCUCGUGGAGUCGAUGGGCGGAGAAUGUUAAAUUUGAAAAUACCGGGUUCAAUAUCCAUCCCUUAAUCACAAAAACCAACGCAAACAAAUUAUUGGAAAAUGGAGCGGGAAAUAAUAGGCAAAAGGUGCCGCUUCGGCACAACUCAUCUUCAUCUAAUCAAAAUGAGCUUGCUUCAACAUCCAUCACUAAUUACUCUCAUGUAGUUCCUCAAAAUCAACAUCAAUCAAAAAACAAAUCGACUACGAAUAAUAAUUAUCCUGUUCAAAGUUCAUCCACUACGAGCAAUGCCUUCAUAAAUGAACAAAAGCAAAGUCCAUCAUCCAUCAUGAAUAAUAAUACUACUCCCAUGAAUGAACAAAAGCAAAGUCCAUCCAUCGGAAAAUCCUUGACAAACACAUAUAAUAAACAUUUUGUAAAAGGCAAAGGCAAAUCUCCUGUAUAUGAAUCGAACGCACGCUAUCCACCGGAAUCAUCAACCAUCACAAAUUUUUAUUCAGAUUCAAAUCAUUUGGCUGGAAGCAGCUCACAAAGACAAUACGAAGAAGUUCUUGAUAACAAUCCUAUAUCUAUGAACAAUUUUGAUAGACCAUCAUCAACACUACUGGAUCCCAAUUUCCCUACGAACAACGAUACGUCGAAUUCCUCAUUCAUAAAAGAAGAAUACGAAGAAAAACUUGAAGAAUUAUCCAAAUGCCUAAACCUUAUUGUGUUGGAAUCCACGACGGAAAAACAAAAGCUUUUCGCCACUAUCCAAGGAUUAGAAGCGCAAAACCAACUCUUACGAGAAGAGUACGACAAAAAAAUCGAACAGGAAACCCAAAUCGAGGAAGAAUAUCACAAAAUGCGGAAACGAAACAAUAGGCUCCGAAUCGAAAACCAGGAACUGCAGUUAGAAAAAAGCACCCUCAAUAACAAACUGACUAGCAGUUGCAAGGUACCCUCGAUGAGUGUUGGCGAUGUCGCAUCUGCUAUAGUGAAAAUAUUUCACAUGCCAUACUUCCUUGUUUUCAUUGUGUUACUUGCGAAUCGUGCUCGCGAAAAAUGGACAAGUGUUGCAUAUGCCGAGAACCAAAAGAAAACACCGUUCGAAUCUUUUUUGGAUAGAGAACCGGACUCGCCACGAGAUCGUAUAUAUUGCUGCAUUUCCCUAAUACGAUGCUCCCUCUAA